AUGCCUUACCAGCCAGACUUCGAUCAAGUGUACGUCAAGCCUUACUAUGAGACCCUAUACGAGGCACUCUGCUGCUGUCUGCCCGGAGCCCGACGCUCAGCCGCCAAGACUGGUUACGAGCGACUCUUGGACCAAGAAGAGGACGAGGUAGAGGCUAGAGUCAAAGGGUCCGGACCCCUUCUGCGCUGGAUCGCUCUCCUGUUGUCAGGACAGUACUUGCCUGACAAUCUUCAAUUGUAUGCAGCCCUGCAUCGAUUCAGCGGCGUAUUGGAAGGCCUCCGACACGCCAAUGUUCUUCAGCCAGGGUCCUCAGAUAUCAACGACGCGGGAACCUCUCGCGUUCUCAGCCAGUCCACAAAGGAUCUCUUAGAAAAUCUGGCAGCCCUCAGCAGGGACGUGGCCCGGUGGCUCGCCUCAGACGAUGCAGUAGUGGAAGUCCAUCAGGAAGGGGAGGAGACCUCGGUGAAGAGGCGUAUUCCAAGUGGGAAUUCCCGCCAUCAACUUCAGCGCGUGGUCUAUCACACCCGACGGCUGAUCAAAGGGGACGCACCGCCAGCUUCUGUGGAGACGCAGCUGACAGAUGUAAUACCCGAAGUAGAGACCGUGAAACGCUCCGCCGAACAGGCCGCAGAAGAUCUGCGAUUGGCCGCAUACUCAAUGAUGCAGAUCGUAGUUGUUGCUGUCACUUCUGAUCAACUCACCAAUGCCGUUCGCGAUGUGCUCAAUUAUAUCAGAGAUUCGGCUGCAGAUGUCGCUUUGGAAGCAGCUCAGGAGGCAAGCGCGGCAGAAAGUGCCUUGCGACCGUCAGAAGAAGAGAGACAGGGCACACUCAAGCAAGAAGUCCAGGGGCUCGGAAGCGCCGCACAGGACGCUGCCGUAACAGUGACUCAGCUAGACUAUAAUCUGCUCGCAGCAAAAGCUGAAGCAUUACCUAAAGACGGAGCGAACUGGGCAAAAGAACAUACUAUCAGUGGUCACGAUCUGGGUCAUAAGAUCGCAGACGUAGCUGGAGAGCUUAUGGAGCAGGACGACUCCUUCAGAGAGGCAGUACAGCAUCUGCUACGCUUAAGCUCAAAGUACUAUGAGGCAGUCAAGACAGCUGCUGACGGUAAGAUUCCCAAGGAGGUCACGGUCACUCCUUCAAAGCCUCCGCCAUCCUCCCUCGACAGUGAGCUUCCGGCAGCGACUAUCAACAAAGAUCUCGUCGCGCUGCUCAAGGCCUUGCAAGAGUUGUUGGAGGGUCUGGCUGGUGGCCAAUCACUAGACCCCAUCGUUGAAGAAGUCAGCACGCUUUGGAAAGAAGUCAAAUAUGAUGUCCUAAAAGCUUUUGACGAUUGGGCACAAAAAGCCCAGCGGCAGCUGCUGCCAAAAGAAGGGGACAACCACAGCUUUGGUGACACUACACAGAGUUCUUCCUUCUCAGACACUCUUCGUGAGCUGUAUGAGUCUCUCUACGCCAUCAUCAAGGAGCGCCCUGAUCUACACGCCAAGUGGGACAACAUAUAUUCUCUUUCGAUUGCGUUCCUCAACGACAUUGGGCGCGAUGCGCGCUUACUCAAGCUCUACAGCCGGACUGCUGAUAUAUUCCAGAUACUGUGGAGCGUAUUCGACGUGCAGGCCCGUCGCCUCACGGUGGUCGGGAAAGAGCUCAUGAUGGAUACAUACUGGAAGCUCGUGCCUUCGCUUCUCACCAUCAUUGGUAAUGUGCCCCUUCCUCGCAUUGAGUUCACCUCGCCACAAGUGGACGCCGCGCUGGACGAUUUACAGGUCGGUGCAAUCAGUCUGCUGCCCUCGAGAGUACGUUUUGAGGCGAAAGAGGUCUUUGAGUGGAACUCGGUCGAAACUAGUGAGACUCAGGCUGCUGUGCAGCAAACAAGGCUCCAGGCUUCUGGCCUAAGAUUGGCGGUCAAGCAAGCCUCAUUCUUCUUUCGAGAGAAGUUCACACAGGUCAGCUCUCACUGGCUGAACUACAUCUGCUGUGCCUUGCCCAGGAAAGAAGACCAGACCACUCUCAGCGGGAGAGAAGAGGAGGGCCAUCUGGGUGCUUACCGGGAGCAAGCGCUGCUCGAUCUCGGCCUCUUUGGCAGGGCGGAGAGCCUGCAGGGUGCAGAGGUAACGAUCGAUCUCGGUCCGGCCGCAAAGCAUGAUCAAACACGGUUCUUGCAUGUCAAUGCUGCUACAGUAUCUCUCUCAGACUCAUUUGGGCUUCGACUGCGCCGCUCCCACCACUACAUCGUCAACACACUGAUUACCGAGCCAAUCCUCACCCCCAUUCUGCGUCUGGUUCUUGAGAAGGUGGGAAGCGUACUUCUUGAGCAGGGUUUGCACAAUAUCGAUGAGCGUCUGUAUGAUGUACACCUGCGUGCCAAUUAUCUGGCUCACCGAUCUCGACAAGCCGAACAAGCCAAUCUGCAAGAGUACAUGCGGGCGCUCAUGGACAAGAAUGCGGGCAAGACUCCAGAGAGGCUGCGCAAAGAGAAAGAGGAACAGCAAGCUGUUCAGCAGCAGAGCGAGCGCGAAGAGCAGAGUCGCAGGCUGCAAGCUCGGGCAGACGUGGACGUAGAGAAUCAGCAGCCGGCAAAGAGCAAGAUUGAAGUGAAGCCCAUGGCUAUUAUUGUUAACCCGACGGAAGACAUUUCCAUCUCUAUUGGCGCUUAUCCCACACUCCUGCCUGUGUCUGCCCAAGGACCAGAAACCAAGCGCAUUCAGCUACGCAAUGCGGUCGUCGAGGACGAGUGGCGCGAGUUGGCCCGUGUCCGCGCUGUUGACACGUGGAAUGAGGUUGCUCACAUCGGAGGAGCGGCAACGAAGACAGCCGGCGACGCUCGCGAAACGAUUGCGGCGGCAACGGACGGAGUCAAGGAGGCGCAGACUAUCGCUGCAAAGAUCGAUCAUGUGGCAGACGAGCGAGAGCAAAUCGAAGAGACACGCAGAGCAGACGGAGAAGCGGAGCCCGACGAUGGUACGGAUGAAGGGUGGCGGCAUGAUGGAUUUGACUUGUAG